AUGCUUCCCAAAAUUCCCGUUCUUGCCGACUAUGGCAUCUCCCCCAAGCACGGCUUCCUCCCUAAUGAGCUGCCCCUUGCCCGGCUGCCGGAUCCGUACUACAACAAGUGGGAGGCCGUCGUGGCCAACCUGCAGGCCCUGAUCCUCAGCCGUCGCCUGCGCGGCGUGGUCGACCGUCUGCCUGUGCUCUCCACAGUCGGCCUGGAACACGACGCGGAGUGGCGGCGGGCGUACAGCAUCCUCUGCUUCAUUGCGCACGGCUACAUCUGGGGCGGUGACAGCCCCAGCGACCGCCUCCCGCCGCCCAUCACCGUGCCGCUGCUGGCCAUUUCGGCGCGCCUCGAGGUGCCGCCCGUGGCCACGUACGCCGCGGUGUGCCUCUGGAACUUCAAGCCGCUCUUUGUCGACGAAGGCGUCGACCAGCUCGAGAACCUGGCCACGCUCAACACGCUGACCGGCUCCAUUGACGAGUCGUGGUUCUACCUCGUCUCUGUGGCCAUGGAGGCCCGCGGCGGGCCCAUGAUUGCCAUCAUGCUCAAGGCCAUGGCGGCCGUGCGCGAAGACGACGCCGACACGGUCACGGCAUGCCUGUGCGCCUUUGCCGAGCGCCUCAACGACCUCGGCGAGCUGCUGCAGCGCCUGCACGAGCAGUGCGACCCCACCGUCUUUUACCACCGCAUCCGGCCGUUUUUGGCCGGCAGCAAGAACAUGGCCGACGCGGGCCUCCCGCUCGGCGUGAUCUACGACGACGGCCGCGGCGACGGCGAGGACCAGGAGUACCGCCAGUACAGCGGGGGCAGCAAUGCGCAGAGCAGCCUGAUCCAGUUCUUUGACAUUGUCCUGGGCGUGGAACACCGCCCGACGGGCGUCAAGGCCGGCGACGGUGACAGUGCUGGCGGUGCCGACGGCGACGAUGCGGCCGCCAAGGCGGCCGCCGCAUCCCGCCACAACUUUAUUCUGGAGAUGCGCAAGUACAUGCCGGGCGCGCACGCGCGCUUCCUGCAGGACGUCACGGAUGUGGCCAACAUCCGCCCGUACGUGCUUGCCAACCAGGCUGCGGGUACCAACCGACCACUGUCGAUUGCCUACGACUCGUGCCUGGCCAUGCUCCGCGCCCUGCGCGACAAGCACAUUGCCGUGGUCACACGCUACAUUGUGAUUCCGUCGCGUGACGUGGCACGUGCCCGUAGCCGCUCGCGCAGCCCCGAGGCUCUGCGCCGCGCCGCGCCUACGACGCACCGGCCCAAGACGAUGAACCUGGCGAUGGCGGCCGUGAAGACGGACGACAGCGGCACCAAGAAAUCGCUCAAGGGCACGGGCGGCACGGCACUUAUUUCGUUCCUCAAGCAGGCACGCGACGAGACGGGCGAGCCGGCCGUCGAAGAGUGGACGCAGCGUUUCAUGCACCGGCAGGGCCGCGUGCCGGGCAAGAACGACUUCUUCUUUGGCAAGCCCGCCGAGCCAGCGACGCCGGAGGUGGCAGCGGCUGUGACGGGGGACGAUGAGGUCGAGGUCGGCGGGCUGGCCGGCAUGUGGACGCUGGACGAAGAUGUCGGCGGUCUCUGCUUGUACUAG